AUGGAUCAAGAUUUUGACAGUUUAUUACUAGGUUUCAAUGACUCCGAUAGUGUCCAAAAAGACCCAACUGUACCAAAUGGCUUGGAUGGUUCAGUAGUUGAUCCUACCAUUGCGGAUCCAACCGCAAUUACAGCUAGAAAGAGAAGGCCUCAAGUAAAAUUAACAGCCGAAAAACUACUCAGUGAUAAAGGUUUACCAUAUGUUUUGAAAAAUGCACAUAAAAGGAUACGAAUUUCCUCAAAAAAAAACUCAUAUGACAACUUAUCAAAUAUUAUUCAGUUUUACCAGCUUUGGGCACAUGAAUUGUUUCCCAAGGCAAAAUUUAAGGAUUUUAUGAAGAUCUGUCAAACAGUAGGUAAAACAGAUCCAGUUCUUAGAGAAUAUAGAGUCAGCCUUUUUAGGGACGAGAUGGGCAUGAGUUUCGAUGUUGGCACACGGGAGACUGGGCAAGACCUGGAAAGACAAUCACCUAUGGUUGAAGAACAUGUCACUUCCGCGGAAGAGAGGCCUAUUGUCGCAGAUAGUUUUGCGCAAGACAAAAGGAAUGUAAACAAUGUCGAUUACGAUAAUGACGAAGAUGACGAUAUCUAUCACCUUUCUUAUCGCAACAGAAGAGGACGAGUUUUGGACGAACGUGGGAAUAAUGAAACGGUACUUAACAACGUUGUGCCGCCUAAGGAAGAUUUGGAUGCAUUAUUGAAGACAUUCAGGGUACAAGGGCCCGUUGGCCUUGAAGAAAAUGAGAAGAAGCUCUUAUUAGGAUGGCUAGAUGCGCAUAGAAAAAUGGAAAAAGGCUCUAUGACUGAAGAAGACGUUCAACUGAUUCAAAGUUUGGAAGAGUGGGAAAUGAAUGAUAUAGAGGGACAACAUACUCAUUAUGAUUUAUUGCCAGGGGGAGAUGAGUUUGGCGUAGAUCAAGAUGAGUUGGAUGCUAUGAAGGAAAUGGGCUUUUAG